UGUUAAUCCUUAAAAGCAAAACUAGGAUUUUACAAAAAUUGCCUUCAUUAAUAUUCUACCACAAAUAUAAUGUUUUAAAUUCUACUCAUACAAUAUAAUUAAUUAAUCAUAACCUAAAGUGGAACAUCAAAAUUAUGAGCUACUCUAAUGUUACCCAUGUUGGUCAUGAAUCAUACCCUCCAUCUCAAGGUUGGUAUCCUGGACCGGAAACUGCACCGCCUCCACCGCCUCGGCCGGGUUUUGAGCAGGGGUAUGGAUCAAGGCCGCCUCCUGGGCCUGGGUAUCAAGGUUACUUCAGUGAUAAUUACCCGCCACCAGUAUCCCAUGUCCACCACAGCGGCCCAACUCAUUAUCCAUAUCAGCAGCCCUAUGAAGGCUAUGAUUACUCCUAUGAUUCUGGCUGUCCAUCCUUCCUUAGGGCUUGCGUUACUGCUCUUUGUUGCUGCUGCGUCCUGGAGCAGUGCUGCAGUUUUUGGUGAUUUAGUGUAGUGAUAAUCAUGCAAUUAAAGUCAUGUAUUUUAUUCAUAAACUUUGUUUAUUAAUUACUUGACAACGAUGUAAUAAUUUAAGAUGUUAAAUUGUUAUAAAUCACUUUAUUUAUUUUA